AUGCCCGUCCCCAUUCUAGCAGCCCCAACCGUCCCCGAGAGCGACUAUCUCAUCAUCGGCGGAGGACCUGCAGGGUUCGUUGUGGCAGAAUAUCUCAGUCGCGAUCCAAGCAAGAGUGUGUUGCUCCUGGAAGCGGGGCCCGACGGAGAUGCAGAUCCUGAGAUUACCACACCAGCAGAGUUCUUUGCUACCAGUAAUUACAUGUGGCGCUAUGCCACACAGCCUGACGCUGGGCUGGGCGGGCUGUCGGCGAACCUGUUCCAGGGCAAGGCUUUUGGCGGUGGCACUGCAGUCAAUGCCAUGCUGUACGCGCGUGGAGCAGCAUCGGUGUAUGAUGAUUGGGCUGAAAUCUCUGGCAAUGAGGGUCUCGGCUGGGACUCGAUGCUCGAGGCUUUCAAAGCGACGACGCAGUGGCAAGUCGCGCCCGAGGCCAACUAUAGCCAGGCGAUCAAUGUGUCGAUGUUUGGCGACGGGCCACUGGCUAUCAGCCGUCAGCGGAAACUUCUCACGUUCGAUGAACCGUUCUCAAACGAGGUGCAGACGACAUUCGACCUCAACCAGAUUGACUUUGUGUCUGGCGAAGGCAUUGGAGUAUCCCAAGGAAUCGAGUCCAUCCGUGUUUCCAAUGAGACGCGCUCAUAUGCGUACAAUACAUUUGGCUACCUUGCCAACACACGCAACAAUUUUCAGGCACUGCACAACGCCUGGGUGUCAAACAUCGGCUUCAGCAACAAGACAGCGAACAGCGUGACUUACAAUGACACCCUGACCAAUACAACAUACGUGCGCAGGGCAAAAGAGAUCAUCCUCGCGGCUGGAGCCAUCAACACGCCCCAGCUGCUGAUGCUCUCGGGCGUCGGGCCAGCGCAGCGCCUCAUAGAGCUCGACAUCCCCGUUAUCCAAGACAUCGCAGAAGUGGGCCAAAAUUUGCAAGACCACCACUACGCCACGGUAGAAUACGAAGCCAAAGACUUUGUAGACACGUACUGGCAGCUGACCGAGAACGCCACGCGCGAGGCGAUCGAGGCGCAGGAGUAUGCCGCGAACGGCGACGGCCUAUUCGGCACCAUCGUGGGCGACGUGCUGGCCAUGAUCCGCCUGCCCGACGAGGUGGCCAGCGGCUACCAGAAGAGCCUGCCUCAAGACCGCCCGCACGUUGCAUUCACCUACUUUGCGGGGCCGUUCCUCCCCGGCAGCCCCAACGUGAGCAUGCUGUCUGCCUUCGCCGCCGUGGUGCAGCCUGAGGUCUUUGGUUCCGUGGACCUGGCAUCCGCCGACUAUCGUGAUGCGCCGCUGAUUUAUGCCAACUACUGGGCCAGCGAGGGGGACAAGUCUGCAGUUAUCUAUGCGUACAGAAAGCUGCGGGACAUGUUUCGCUCCCCACAGCUGAGUGGCUACACGAAGCAGGAGGUUUUCCCCGGCGCCAACUACACGGACAGCGAUGCUGAUCUCUGGUCGGCCAUCCAGAAGGGCUCGAGCAGCUGGCAUCAUCCGGUGGGCACUACGGCCAUCGGAACUGUUCUUGAUGCAAAUUGGCGUGUGAAGGGUCUGAAGGGGUUGCGGAUUGUAGGGUCCAGUGCUGCGCCCACCAUCACUACAUGCCCAACACAGGGCAUGGUGUAUGCCAUUGCUCUCCGUGCUGCCAUGGAUAUCGCCAAAGCUGAUGGUUUGGAAAUUUGA